AUGAAUUCUAUUACUUUUAAAUGGGAAAAUAGUUCAGAAACAUUUACUAUUCCAAUCCAAGGUGUCAAAAUAUAAGUAAAAGAUCUAAGAAUCAAGAUUGAAAAAGUAUAUAAAUCCUAGAAAGAUGACAUAUAAAUGCUUUAUGAAGAUAAGAUUUUGAAUAUUAGUGAUGAAAUUAGAAAUAAAUAAUUGGUUUUAUUACUUAGAAUCCCAAAAAGAAGAAAUCUUUGCCUCUCUUGUUUUUCUAAGGAUUUUGAAAUUUUAACUCCUUGUUGUUAAAAAUCUAUAUGUGCCACUUGUGAUAAUAUAUUCUAUUAGAAAUUCAAAUGUUUCUUUAAUAUCAAUCCUUAAUGUUAUUAUAAAUACACAGAAACAUUUUAAACACUAGUACCAGAGCCUUCUUGUAAUGAAUUCAUUACAUACAAUUCUAUCUUCUAUCUAAUAAAAUCAAAUAAAACUAAUUUAGCUUACGCCAAAAGAUUCUCUGUUUGGACAGUCAAAGAAAUCACAUACUAGAAAUUUGCAUAAGAUUGUAAUAUUCCUGCUAAUGUUAUAUUGAUUUUUAUUAAUAAUGAUUAAUUUGUUGGUUGUGCUAAAAUGAUCAAUCAACUUGUUGUUUAUGAUUAAUAACUCCCUAAACUUAAGACCUUUAAAAUUUAGUGGCUAAGAAAAUAACCAUCUAUCAAAACUAUUUAUGAUUUCCCUUCCCUUGAAUUAUAUAAUGGUUUCAAAAUUCAAAAUGGAAUUGCUAAAUCAAUAUGUCAAUCUUUUCCGAUUGGAUAAAUGCCUGCUGAAAUUUUAUAAUAAUAAUAAUCAACCUCAACUGAUGAAUGGGAUGUUGAUGAAAUUCUUAAAGACUAACAAGAAACUGUUAAAAAAGAUGAAUCAAUUCUCAAUAAUCAAAUUAAAACAUCGGAUUUUUGUUAAAAUAAACAAGAAGUUAAACCUGAAAUUAAUUAUAAGCUAUAUGAAAAUAAUGCUAAUACAAAAAAUCAAUAAUUUCUAAAUUUUGUCUAGUUGUUUCAAAAAACUUAAGAAUUAUUUGAUACAAUUAACAAUGGAUAAAUACCAGGAAUCAAAGGUGAAAAUAAAUAUACUCAUCCUAUUUUUUUAUAAAUAUAUUAAGAUCUUAUUUCGAACUCUAAAAUUUAAUUGAAAAAAAAACGAAAAUAUUCCAGAAGUAUCUCUAGAAGUUCAAGCAGUUCAAGCAGUUCAAGUAGUUCAAGUAGUUCAAGUAGUGAUUCAUUAAGAUCAUAAUCAAGAGGAAAACAAAAAUUCAGCAAUUCAUAUAGAAAAUCAAAAUAAGCAUCAAAAUCCAAAAGAGAAAAAAAAUAAUAGAAAUUUAGAAGUCACAAAACAUCUUAAUUUUAUGAAGAUAAAAUAAAGAAAUAACAAUAAGUUAAAUAUUCAUAAAAAGAAAAGAUUAGAACUAAUUCCAAGCAACUUAUCAAAUGA